CUGGAAAUGGCGUUGCGUGAAAGCCAAGACCACUGGUCCAAAGAAGACAUUGUGAAGUUACUGGAACGCAUGGAGAAUAACCUCCCCUCCAACGAGAGACACACGUUCAAAACGACCCAGUCACAGAUGGACUGGGGAAAGGUAGCUUUUAAAGACUUUUCAGGAGAAAUGUGCAAAUUCAAAUGGUUAGAGAUUUCUUAUACAUUGAGAAAAUUUCGUACUUUGAAAGAAUUAGUCCUGGAAGCUAAGGAACAUGCUAAAAAACUCUCCAAAAGCAAAAAACACAGGAAACAUCCUGACUUCCCCAAGAAGCCCCUGACUGCUUACCUCCGCUUCUUCAAGGAGAGGCGGCCCCAGUGCUCCCAAAUGCAUCCCACGCUGAGCAACCAGCAGCUGACCAAGCUCCUGUCUGAGGAAUACAGGGAGCUCUCAGAGCAGGUGAAGCUGAAAUAUAUCCAAGAUUUCCAAAAGGAGAAACAGGAGUUUGAGGAGAAAGUGGCUCGAUUCAGGGAAGCCCACCCUGCUCUAGUCCAGAACUCCAAGAAAUCUAACGUUCCCAAGAGAAGCCCAACCAAAGCCCCAAAGAAGAUGCAGGGAAGUGAGAAAGAAGUGAAGUCUUCCCCACAAACCUCUUUUUCCCAGAAGAUGAAAUUCCACGGAGAGCCCAAGAAGCCCCCCAUGCAUGAAUACCAGAAAUUCCACGAGGAUUUGUGGUCCAGUAGGGAGCUGCAGGACCUGCCCCUGAGGGAGCGCAUGGUGGAGAUUGGCAGACGCUGGCAGCGCAUCCCGCAGAGCCAGAAGGAGCACUAUAAGAAGCAGGCUGAGGAGCUGCAGAAACAGUACAAGGUGGACCUGGAUCGCUGGCUCCAGAGUCUGUCUCCUGAAGAAUAUGCUGCAUACAGAGAAGCAACCUAUACUAAGCGUAAGAACCUGGGCAUGAGGGGAGGCUCGAACCCCAAGAUGAGACGGACAGAUCUGCAGUCCCCAUCUGCAAGGAGUCCUCAAGAAGGACUUGGAGAGGAGCAGGAGCUCCAGGCUUCAGAGACAGAAUCAUCAGUGUCUGUUGGGGUAACUUCUCUUUCCUCACUGGGAUCAGAAGACAAUAAGGAAGAUGGGGAAGAGGAGGAAGGCAGGAACUCCUCGGACUCCAGCAGUGAGGAGGAAGAUGGAGAGUGUGAGUCUGAGGGCAGUGACUCCAGCUCAUAUUCCUCAGAGGACUCCUCUGACUCAGACUCCAACUGA